AUGGUCAGGCCCUUAUCAGUAGCUUUUCUCCUAGCAGUGCUAGGCUUGGCAAUAACCAAACCAAUACUCGAACACUCAUAUACGUCGUUUCCGGAGGCCAGAGUUACAUUCGACGUUCCUAUCACCCAAAGAGCACACCUUGCGGCCAAGAAUACCGACAAGAUCCAACGGGUGUGUCUCCGUUACCGGGUUCCGCAAUCCGCGCUCGUGGCGCUCCGGGUCGAAACCAGUGAAAAGUACCAUAAUCAGGAACUCAACGUGGAUAUUACCGAUCUGAACGACUCGGAUUCAUUAAUCCGUCGCAAGAACGAUAUUGUCAAUCAGGUGGAGAUCUUGUUCAAAGCUGAUGGUCUGGCCAUGGCACUAAAGAAGCAUGAUGAGGAAGCUCCUCUCAGUGAAUUUGACGUGUGUUUUCUCAACAUUGUGCUCGAAGCCUCUGACGAAGGAAUUUCCAAAGAGGUCACCUUGAGCGUCGACUUUGACACCAGCGUGGACGGCGAGUCACCUUGGCAGAAGGAAAAGCUCCUGUCCAUCCAGAAAUCUCAGCCCUUACUUGUGAGGUUACAGGAAACUAUCCGAGAGAUUGAAGAGGUCGAGCGGCAGUUGGAGUACUUGGUGGCCCGCGAAGAGAAGUUGCGGAACGUGAAUGAGGACACGUUUAAAAAGUGGACGGUGUUGGCGAUCAUGGUGAUGUGUGCUUUGGUAGUCAUGGGUAUAUUACAGGCGAGGUAUAUCACCUGGUGGAUGAAAAACAAGAUCUGA